CCAAGCAUCUAUGUUUACAAUUAUUUUUGUCUCUGUAAACAUCUGUUGCUUUAUCUAUUCUCUCUGCGAUGGGUCUCCCUACGGAUAUUAAGGAGCUUGAGAUUCCGGAUUACAUACUUAAGAUACUUUACGUCAUCAGUUUCUUCAGAGACAUGAUCGACGCUCUCUGUCCUUACAUCGGUUUACCCCAUUUUUUAGACGAUGGCGUUCCUCGACCCGGCCCAAUCGUACCCGACAACACGGCGUCGACUCUAGCUUACGAGGUUUCCCCGGUUGUUCGUUUCUCGGAUCUUCAGACCGAUCUCGACGACUGCUGUACGGUUUGUCUCUCCAACUUUUCAUACGAUGAUAAAGUUAGACAGCUUCCGAACUGCCGACACGUGUUCCACGACCGCUGCAUGGACCGUUGGAUCGUUGACUGCCGUAAGAUCACUUGUCCCAAUUGUCGAGACCGGUUCUUACCGGCCGAAUAUUACGCGCGGAUAAAUUCCGGUUUUGGUUCGGUUUGGUACAUGGAUGAAUCGGAAAGUACUACUAUUGCCAUCUAAUCGUGGCCUUCCAUUUUUCCUAGUAUUUGGUUUUGUUGUAAUAUUCUCUAUAAGACCUUUGCAUCUGUUCUUUAGAGAUUGGUAUCUGAUCAGUAUUCUGCGUUUUUUUCAGUAUUCUGUGUCAAGUUUUAACUAUGUAACAAAAAGUGAAAAGAUAUCAAACUUUGGUACAUUAGUACGUUGAUUA